CAGCCGGGCCCGGGGCGCGGAGCCGAGCGCACAGCGAGCGCGGCCACCGCGGAGCGGGCACCUGGAGGCCAUGGAGGAGAGACCGGCAGAGGCCAGGGCCACCGUGGAUGACUCGGCGCCCCCCUCGGUGGCCCAGCUGGCUGGGCGGUUCAGGGAGCAGGCAGCCGCUGCAAAGGAGACACCAGCCUGUAAACCAACGAGAAGGAAACCGCCCUGCUCCCUCCCCCUGUUCCCCCCCAAGGUAGAGCUGAGCCAGAACGGUGAGGAGAAAUCACCGCCCAGUGCAAGCCAUCCUCCUAAAAUCAAGGUGAAGAGCUCGCCUCUGAUCGAGAAGCUUCAGGCCAAUUUAGCUUUCGACCCAGCGGCCCUGCUGCCUGGGGCCUCGCCCAAGAGUCCUGGGCUCAAGGCCGUGGUGUCGCCGUUCCAGAGCCCACCCUCCACUCCCAGCAGCCCUGGCGUGCGGUCUCAGGAGCCCGAGGACGUGCCCGUGAGCUUUGACCAGCCUCCCGAAGGGAGCCGUCUGCCCUGUUUCAACAAGGUGCGGACGAAGGGCUCCAUAAAAAGGCGUCCUCCCUCCAGGCGAUUCCGGAGGUCCCAGUCAGACUGUGGGGACCUGGCAGACCUCAGGGCCCCCGAGUCAUCCCAGGAGAAUGGUGCCAAGGAAGAGAAUGGGGAUGAGGUGUUCCCAUCCCACAGUGAGGUCCUGGGUUCUCCGCCUCCCGGCGAGGGGCCGGUGGGGGCCCAGGAGAAGCCUCCUCUGAGGAGGACGUCCAGCCGAGCGGAGAGGCAGGAGAAGGGCCAGGCCGUGGAUGAAGCGCAGCAGCCCCGGAAGGCUGUGGGGGGCUCUGAGGAGGAGGCCAGCCCACGUCCAGCCACAGGGGAGGCUGUCCGGCCAGGCCAAGCCUCCAACCUGGAGGCCGAGAAUGGUCGCAGGAGCCCCACAGAAGGAAAAGAAGAGACAGAAAAGAGGGAGGCAAAGGAAGACGAUGAGCCCGGACAGAGGAGCCAAGACACAGCGGGGUCGGCAGAGAGAGCUGUGGCGGAGGCCCCAGCAGGCCCCCCCGGAGGGGCGGAGGUCCCCCACAUCCCGGAGCAGGGCAAAGGCGAGGAAAAGGACGAGGCAGGGGCCGUUCUGGAGCCAGGCUGCUGCCCCAGCGAGGAGGCCCCUGAGACAGAGGGUACCACCCCUGUCCAGGACACUAAGAUGUGAGGAGCUCACCGUGCCUAGGGAUGAGCUGCCGGAGGCGCCUCUUUCAAAGGAGC